AUGAACGUGAUUGAUUCGCGUCACCCAUUUCAACAUGAAUCUAUCGUUGGCGUAUCGUUGUUACAUGACCUUCAACGUUCCAGUCAAAAUAAUUCAAAUGUGGAUAUUAACAAAGAUCGUCAAGAAGUCUUUCAGCACAGACAAACUUGCGCACCUCCCGGUGUUCCGAUCGAAAUUCCAGCGCUUGAAAUCGUUGGUACUAGGAGAUCUAACCCUCAAAUAUCGUCGAAACAUGUUUAUUCAUCUGUUAUUCCUAAGUGUAAACUAACCAGAGUUGAUCAAACCAUCUUGCAAUUGCCUAAACGACUAACGAACAACAUUAGUCGAAAAGCACACGAGAAUUUUCACUCAAAAACACGAAGUUCGUAUAUCUCUGGUACAAGUGAUUCGACAGCAUCUGACAAAUUGCAAAUUAUUUCAUCAAGUCAUCGUCUAAAUCCGUCUGCACAAGAUCUAGUUGAAAAAUCAUCGAUGACAAUCCUUGGCAAAACACCAACGUCGAGUAAUCAAACCUCGCCGAGAUUAUUCAAAAGAGUGCAACAGCCAUCUACCAAAGUUCCAUUGAAGCUACCUCCAUUAACGAAAAAGCCACCAUCAUCUAUUACUAAAGCAGUUCCAUCUGCUUACAUUCAAAAAGCAUCGCGAUUUCAAACAGUGUCAGCAACGAAUAGCAAUCGACCGGUUCUCCAACCAACACCAAUCCUCCCAAUUUUCACAUCUCGUCGUUCUGUUUCAUUAAUUGCAGAUCAACAACACUUACCAUUGAUCAAAGAUCGUAUGAUUCAAGCUAAUCUUGCACAAAAAACAAGUUUAAAAUGUAAAUCACCACCAUUGUACCGCUCAGAUAGUUCGCUGAGUCGAUCAACGACUGCAGUGCAUUCUACCAAUCAGCCACCAACAAAAUCUAAUAAUCCACUCAAGCAUAUGGUUGUCGGUUCAUUAUUGAGUGAAGCAGAUCGAAACAAACUGAAACGAUUAUUUCAACAGUUUGAUACUGAUCGGGAUGGACAUCUAACCUAUUCUCAAGUACAAAAAUGUUUACCGUCAAAUUUACCUCGUCCACAAGAAACGUUCUUUCGUGUGUUAUACGACAUCACUAGUGAAUCAACCUAUUUUGGUCUACAAGAGUUUUUUACAACAGCAGUACUUGUUGAUAUGAUAUCAGAACAAGAUCCAUAUAUAUGGAAUUCACUAUUAGAUGAUGUUGAUUUCAAUUAUUAUCGUGAAGAUAUACUUGAAUUACUUGAUGAAUUUGACAAACGCUAUUCACCUGUCACAUCAACCAUAAAUUUCGAUAAUCUCGUUGCAUUGAUUAUGAAUCGAACAACUAAUGGCAAAUAUGAACAAAUCAGCAAAGAAUUAGAAACACUUCUUCCAAGAAUCAAAACAACCAAACUAAAUCGAUUAGAAUUUAUUGCUCUGAUACCCAUAGUCAUCUACAUCGAAUCAUAUCUUGAUCGCGGCAAAGCGUUAUUUCGUUUUAAGGACAAUUCAAUAUUAGACUUACAUAUACAACGAGCAUUAUUGAGUUAG